AUGCGCAGUUUGAGCGCAGCUCAUGGUUUUGUGAGACAAGGAGUUUUGUUGGAGAAUGCGAUUGAUAAGUUUGCCAGCGUUGCCCAGCAGGGGAAUGAUUUGUUUUCUGUGUUUAGUAAUGUUGCUCAGUGGGUUGCACGUGCUACAAGCAAGCUCUGCCUCGAUAAAGAUCCUGUCAACAAGCCUUAUGAUCUCCGCAUUGGUAAUGGCGCAUCGAUGUCGGGGAAUGCUCGAAUCGAACAAGAUGCUAUUCAAACCGCAGUAAAUACAGUUCUCUCCGGCUCACAAUCUUUGUUACCUCUACAUCGCGAGGAGUCCGCUGUAAUAGCGACAGGAUUUCCAUCAUCGCUAAACGAAUAUGGUAUUGCACAACUAUUUAGUGGACUUAAAGUGACAGGUGUUGCAAUUUCCCAAGAGAAGGCUACUGUAACCUUUGCAACAAAGUUUCUUGCGUAUCAGGCAUGCGAACUGAAUUUGAAGAAGCUAGACAGAUACCAUACAUUGCAUGUGGAAGCGUUAUCGGAUGAGGUUAAAGAACAAGUGGAACUGACUGUUAAAUAG